AUGGAUAAGAGCAGAGUCGAACGGAAUGCACGAAUGACCGUCCGGACCAUCCGAGAAGAUCUCGCCCAAGUGGCCCAAUCCACACGAAUCGUCAUCCGCUGUCUGAGUAGCGGUCGCGAUGCUCAUGAUUCGGCGGCAAAGGCUCUUUCAGUGUUAAUAGACAUCCUAGAUUGUCUACACCGGGUCAGAGACCAGAUCAGCUGGGGCGAGGAGAAAUGGCUCGUGGAACCCGCCCGGCUCAACGCCCUCGCCGAGGUGAUCGUAUGGUUUGGGACCACGCUCAGGUCUAUCGAGUUCUACUUCCAGCCAGGCGGUGUGAGUGUGUACUACUUUAGGAAGCAUCUACUCGGCGGCACUUUUCUUCCGCGUCUGGAGCAGUAUAAGAUCCUACUGUUGCUGGCGAUGCAGCCUGAUUCGAGUGAGCGGGCUUCUCUGGAUCGAGAGAUCAGAAACAAUCUUAGGAUGUGUCAGGAUGUGGAAUCUGGACCUAAAGUCGACCUACAAUUCGAGGAAGAUGCCCUUGGUAUCACAAGUCGGUUAUCUUCAGAGCACUUCAUCACUCUCGCAGAUUUAUGCAAUCGACGACUUCAAGGAACUGGUCGCUGGAUCUUAGACAAUCCGCAAUACAAACAAUGGCUCCUGGGCUCUUUCCGGACAUUGUACUGUGUUGGUCCUCCCGGCGUGGGAAAGACCUUCAUAUCUUCUGUUAUCAUCGACUCCCUACAGAGGACUUUCACUUCUCCCAACGUUGCAACGGUGUUCGUCUUUUGUCAAGACGAGAAGGAGAAGGAACAAACAUCCUUGGAUCUUCUCCAAAACAUCCUCGCGCAACUCGUUUAUCGUAAACGCAGUCUUUCCUACGCGACUUCGUCUCUUUAUUAUUCUGAGUCGCUGACGAAAGGGAGAGCGUCACCCAAAGCCUACCAGAAUGCUAUUCGCGCUGAGGUGAAUCGAUUUUCAAAAGUCUUCUUCAUCGUUGACGGCCUGGACGGGUUCUCCGACAAAGAGCGUAUCCUGACUCGACUUCAGAAGCUUCCCGAGCAAGCACAACUGCUUGUCACCUUGCGAGAGAUAAAUCAGAUUGAUAGUGAUUCGGGAUAUGUGAGAGUCGUGCCCUCACCAGAAGAUCUCCAACUCUACGCUCUAUCUCGGAUACAGAACGACCCAGGUCUUAAGAGCCUCUGUAAUGACGGGCCUGCCGGCGUUGAAAUGUGCCAAGAGGUUGUCCGCUUGGUGAUGGAAAAAAGCCAUGGUGUAUUCCUCUUAGCGAAGAUACAUCUGGACCUACUGGCGAGAUAUACAGAUAAAAGUCUGCUUGAAAGGGCUGUUAUGCAUCUACCAGAGAGCUUGAGCGAGGCAUAUGGUGAGGCAAUGAAACAGGUUGUGAGCCAGAAUCCAACUGCCACUCGCCAUGUAUACUGGACAUUGUAUGCCUAUCGGCCACUCACUGUCGCAGAACUCAAGGCUGCUACUCAAAGCAAGAUUGCUAGUGAAGACAAAGAUGAAUUAGUCAGUUUUGAGCAGUCUUUGCAGACCCAGAGCGCAGGCCUUCUGACGGUGGAUGCCGUGACGGGCACCGUUCGCUUCGUACAUAAGACUGCAAAGGAAUACUUAAAUGGAACAGCGGCUCGUGUAUUCUUCCCCUCUGCUCAAAGAGAUAUUGCGGAGGUUUGUCUUACGGCAAUCAUCCCGGAUGAGGUUGUCGACGACUGCUACUAUAUCGGAGGGACCACUCCUCGCAACUCGAGCGGCGGCUUCCUCAGCUACGCCGCCACAUACUGGGGCUAUCAUGCGCGCGAGGUAACAGAAGACGAACAAGCAAUCCAGGUGUUGAUCAAGACAUUUCUCAACAAACUCCUCUGGAGGCGACCCCCUAUCAAGGGUUUGAUCAGGAACAAGUGUUUGCCAACUGAGCUGGGCCUGGGAAAAUAUCCCGAUGACUGGAGUGCGCUGCAUAUCCUAUCCUUUUUCGGUAUUUCUGGUAAGUUCAAGCGCCUGUUGGUGCAAGGCGCUCAAAUCGAUGCCAACGACAACUCGCUGAAAAUCACGCCCUUGCACUGUGCUGCCUAUCGAGGCAAUGAUGAAAUGGUAGACUUUCUGCUUGAAAACGGCGCUGAUGGCAAUGCAACCACCAAUAAUGGCAGCACGGCAUUACACCUCGCCACGGAGCGCGGGAAUAGAAAGUCGAUGAAGUUGUUGCUUUCACGACAUGUCAAUGUACAAGUCGCCAAUGAAAAGGGCGAAACUGGGCUGCAGGUGGCUGUUGGUACCACAGCCGACGAAGCGACCGUUCCCUUACUCAUCAAGAACAAGGUGGACGUGAAUAUUAGAAACAUUCGUACUGGUGACACGGCUCUCCAUCUAGCUGUCGAAUGGAAAAGGCCUCGAAUAAUUCUUUUCCUUCUUGAUAAGGGCGCAACAAUUGAUAUGACAAACGAGGAUGGCUUUACACCCCUGCAACUAGCCGCGAAACUGGACAACUGCGAGGCAGUUGCGUUGCUCCUUCAGCGUGGUGCCCAGGUCGAAGCGCGGUCUCUCUCCGGGCUCACAGCUUUACAACUAGCAGCCCAUGAAGGUCACUGGGUUGCAUUUGACCUGUUGCUUAUCGGUGGUGCCGACAUCAACUCUUGGAAUAAGGAGGGUGAAACCUUGCUUCACGAAGAAGCGAGGAAGUCUCGCAACGUAUCAACUGCCGCAAAGCUACUCGCCCAAGGGGCAAAUAUCGAAGCUCGUACGUCACAAGGCUAUACACCGCUCCAGUGUGCAGCCAUUUCAGGAAACCUAAACAUGUUCAAGUUCCUGCUCAGCAAGGGAGCCAAAAUAGACGUGGAAACGGCAAAAGGCGAGUCCCUGCUUCAUAUUACUCCACCAAUAAACAAUGACUGUCUCGAAAUCCUCAAGAUUGCCCUCGACCAUGGUCUCGAUGUGAAGGCGAUCUCCAGUCAGGGUUGGAUGCCGCUACACCAGGCAGUGUAUAUAGGGACAGGCGUGUCAGACCUUGCCUUCGAUAAGACCUCUGACUAUAUCAUUCUUCUCUUGAGUUAUGGAGCAGACAUCAAUUGUCAGACUACUUCGGCUUACGCGGAGACCGCGCUUCAUCUGGCAGUCAUGGCCAUCAACCCGAACACAUCUCUGGUAUCGCUCCUUCUAAAACUCGGCGCCGACAUCAACGCCAUGACCAACGAAGGAAAAACUCCCCUUCAUCUUGCUGCCGAACGCGGCCGAGAAUCAAUCUUUCGAGUCCUCAUCCAGGCGGGCGCUGACAUAUCCCUGGAAGUGCCAGACAGUGCGAAAGCGAUUGAUGGGCGUGGCACGGGCGGCGGAAACACUGCCCUUGACCUAGCACGCAAGAAUCCUUUCAAUGCUCUGUGGCUGGACGAUCAUGGUCAGCUCCGCCCAGAGCCAAAAGUCAAGCGACGAGACAGCGUCGAGACUAUCAUCGAGGAGGAAUUCAAUGAUGAUGUUUCGGAGGAUGAGACAGGCGAGUCGACGCUCGUUGGGAGCGAUCAGCCUUAUAUUUUGGUUUAG